AUGCGCAGCUUUAGUGUUUUGGUGAUGUAGCUGGCGCAGUAAGUGAUCUCAGUCUUGUCUAUAAUGGCUACCGUAAGAUUUUUCCCUAUUGCUUUUCUGAUGGUGCUAUCGCCGCCCGAGGGAAUAGUCGUGAAUUGUGACACCGAUAAUUGUGACAUGAGCGGCAAUGUGUCCCUCUCUUCGUCUCGGGAAUUUUGUCCUUCCCAACCGGUAACUGUUCAAUGCAAUGUAACGAAACCUCAAGAUGGUGCACAAUUUUUGCUUUCAUGGGAGUGUAAAAAUGCUCUUGGUAUGAACACAGAGCGAUUAGUUUUCUGUGAUCCUGGACCGGUCGCUGAGAUCAGUUGCCAAUUCGGAGAGGUCUAUGACGUCAAAGGUGACUGCAUUUGCGAUGAAACAGUCAUCAAAUCUGAAGCCACCUUCAACACUACUUCAAUGUGCGAUAUGAAGCUGUUUUGCAGUAAUGGAGGUGCAGAGAGGCAACAUGUUUCUGUCACAAUAGAUGGUCUUAACGCUCCAGUGUUGUUAGAUAAUUACACCAUGCUUAAAAUGGACAAUGGAACUUAUGAAGUGAAAGUGUGGUGGACAAAGGGUAACUGUGCCCCUGAUGAUGUUGAAUACAAUCUCACACUUACUAACACAUCCUCUGAAGAAGCCGUGAAUAAUUAUGUUACAAAACAAUCGCAACAAACACUGUAUCUUAAUCCGGGCAUUGAAUAUGUUAUUGCUGUCACCGCUCAACUAUGUGAUGGUGAUUUGAAGAGUGAAACAAGCAACAAACUCACUCUUUACAUUCCCGGCACAACUACCAUUACACCGGGAACAACAAUGACUUCUAAUCCUGCUGAAUCAAAUAACACUGCUGCAAUUGUUGGUAGUACUAUAUCAGUUAUUGUACUUUUAUUGCUGCUUGGAGUGGUUGUCUUUUUUAUUUGGUAUUUCAGGAUAUGGAGGAAGAAAGGAAGAGAAGGGGUUGAUUCACCUGCUAUAAAGAUGCUUUCUGCUAUAAAAAGAAGUGGCGUUGCUGGACUGUAUGUUGAUACUAACCAUAUUUACUACUCAUGUACAGAAGUAAAUGAAACAACAAGUGAAAAGAAAUACAUACUAAGAAAAUGCAAUUAUAAUGGAGAAUUGGUUAAAGAUUUUUGUUGCAACAGCUUCGUCCGUGGGAUUGGACAGAGUCAAGGUUUCAUCUAUGUUUUAUGUUCCGCGGCUGAUUCAAAAGUGGUUAAGUUGGACAGGAAUUUAAAUUCUGUGAAAGAGACAAAUAAUGAUUGUGGAAAUUAUUUCGGUGAAGCAUUAGGAAUGCUUGUGACCUCGGAAAAUGUACUGGUUUGUUCAGAGAAAAAUGAACAAAUAUGUGUUUUGGAUCUGAACCUUGAAUCUUGCUAUAAUUUGGAACUAACGUUUGGUCCAGUUGGAAUUGCAACAUUUCAAAACCAUUACGUCGUUACAGCCAAGGCGACUAUUGGAAUAAUAGAUAUCGACUUUGAUAAAGAGGCUUUGAAACCGGUUGAUGUAUUUGAAAGUAUGACUAAGGGGGAAGUCAGCACACCCUUCAAUCAAAACAUUAAAUUUCGAGGAGUAUGUUGCAGUGAUAAAUACAUAUAUGUAACUCAGGAAUGUAAAAAUAGUCCUGGAUUACCCAUGCUGUGCUUGCAGUUUGAUGAAAAAAAGCAUAAGCUCAAUUAUGUUUGUGAAGUUACUGAUUUCGUUAGAAACUGUGAUGAAUUAAAUGAGAAGUGUGGUCCUGUCAUUCCUUUCUACCACAAUAACACCAUAUUCUACAGUCAAGGAAGCUAUGGAAUAAAAUUUCACAUUAUGAAGGCUACCCAUAACCCAGGGGAGCCUAUUGCAAGCAACAAAAUGUUUGAUGUUCUGUAAACUUUUCUUUAGACCUAGCAGUUCUUUGUUUAGCCCUUUAGUUUUUUGUACACUUGUAAUACGCUCUUCAGAGUGGACCCGCAAUAUAUUACGCUUCAGGUCCCUCA